AUGGACUUCAACACAGAAGAGGGGACGCAUUUACGGCGUCGUGACUGUGUUGUCUGCGACGAUAGCAUUGCCAUUGGCGAUCUACCCUCACUUACCGACUGCGAACAUCGACCCGAGACGUGCGCAGGCUGUUACGCGGAUUGGAUAACUACACAGCUUCAAGGCAGUACUUGGCGUGAAGCUAAAUGUCCGGGAAGCGAUUGCGAUGUUGUCUUGUCGUACCAUGAUAUUCGGCUAUACGCGAGCUCUGAGACUUUUGAAAAGUACGACACAUUCAAAGCUCGGGCUCUCAUUAACGAAGACCCCGAUUCUCGAUGGUGUCCGGCCUCCGGCUGUAAUUCUGGUCAGAUCCAUACGACUGGCGUCGCAGGUAACAUCUUUACUUGUUCGGGAUGUGGGAGCAAAACCUGUGUUGUCCACGAGAACACAUGGCACGAAGGCGAGUCGUGCGCUGACUUCGACAACCGAAUCUCCGGCCGUAAGCAACGAGAACAGAAGGGGCAAGAAGAGGCGAGUCUCAAAAAAAUCAAGGAGCUUACCAGGAAGUGCCCUGGCCCUGGAUGCGAUUGGAACAUUCAGAAAAACGAUGGGUGCGACCAUAUGACAUGUACAAAAUGUGGUUACGAAUUCUGUUGGAUCUGCCUUUGUGAUUACAAGAAGGUCUUGCGAACAAGCAAUGCAGCCCAUGCGAGGUCCUGUUCUCAUUGGCGUCCGUAG